AUGGAUCAUUUCCUGAUCUCUUUCAUUGACCAGAUGCUUGAGCGCCUAGCUGGACAUGAGUAUUACUACUUCUUAGAUGGCUACUUGGGAUACAAUCAGAUAGUUGUGGCACCCGAGGAUCAAGAGAAAACUGCAUUUACAUGUUCGUAUGGGGUUUUGCUUAUCGGCGGAUGCCAUUUGGGUUGUAAAGUUAUUGUUUACACUGAUCAUGCUGCCUUAAGGUAUUUGUUAACUAAGCAGGAAUAUAAGCCAAGGCUACUCAGAUGGAUUCAAUUACUACAAGAGUUCGAUGUUGAGAUCCAAGAUAAGAAGGGAUCAGAUAACACUAUAGCUGACCACCUAUCUCGAUUGGAGAAAGUGAGGGAGAAUGAUGACACUAGACCGAUUCAAGACCAAUUCGCUGGUGAGCACAUCUUCACAAUUGCCAAGGCACCUUGGUUCACUGACUUUGCUAAUUUUAAGGUAUGUGAGGCAAUUCCAUCCGAUUUCACCUACCAACAACAAAAGAAGUUUAUCCAUGAUGCCAAAUUCUAUGUAUGGGAUGAACCCUUUAUGUACAAAAGAGGAGUGGAUGAGUUGUUGCGAAGGUGUGUGCCAGAGGAGGAGCAAGAAAAGGUAUUGUGGCACUGUCAUGACUCUAAUUAUGGGGGUCAUUUUAGUGGGGAUCGAACUGCAGCAAAAGUUCUCCAAUCGAGACUAUCUUGGCCUUCAUUGUUUAAAGGUUCAUUCAACUAUGUGAAGAAGUGUGAUCGAUGUCAGCGCACUGGUAACAUUUCAAAAUGA